CUACCUCUUCUUCGUCCGUCUCGUCCACACAAGUGUUCAAAAACUUGAUGCAACAACACGCACAAGUAAUUGAUGCAUCAAGAGAAGAAAGUGAUCGAUUAAACGAAUUAGUGAUGCACAUCGUGAUCUUUUAAGACAAAACUCAAGUAGUUGCGGGUGAUGUUGCGAAUAAAUUAAAAGUGAUUUUUUAAAAUGUUUGCAAGGACGCAAAGUACUUUCGUGUGGAUUAUGGCCACGGGUCUUGCAUUUUUGGGAGUUUUGAGGGCGCUAACGAUCGACAAUCAACUCCAAGUUAUCAAAAACGAUUGUUACGAACGCUUGGCGAUUGGUCAACGACAUAAUCCUAAGGACGUAUAUAAAACCUCUCAAGUUACGACGGUGCUGGAGUGCCAGUUGUUUUGCACCAAAGAAAAAGAACUUUGCAAGUCUUUCAGCUUCGGAAUCGGAGUCAAAGGCAACGCAAGUUGUGAGCUUAGCAAUGACACUAUCAAGGAAACUGCCGAUUUAAAACCGAUCGGUACUAAAGCUGAUACCGAAUUUGACUUGUAUAUAAAAAAAUUAGGAUGUACGUUAGUGAUAGAUAAAAAUAACCCGGCUUUCGAUCAGUAUAGUAAUAAUAAUAAGCCACAAAGUACAGAAUAUGGACAACCCCAAGGCGGCAGUUAUGGCACAACACCUAAUAAACCAUCAAGUGGUUACGAUAAACCACCACCUAGCCCGAGUUACGAAAAACCAACUAGACCGUCUAGUUCCGGUUACGACAAACCAUCUAGUUCUGGUUACGACAAACCAUCUACUUCAGGUUAUGACAAACCAUCCAGUCCUAAUUACAAUAAACCGACGUAUGCUGUUAACGAACCGCCUUCUUCCGGUUAUGGUUACGGUUCACCAAAUAAACCAAGUUACAGUAAACCGCAAGAAGAAACCGGACACGUUGAAACUAUGGUCAGUAUUAGCACAGGGCCUCAAAAGCCGGUCCUGCAUCCAGUUCAUGAAAUCCUAGUAGGCCAAGGACUUUAUAAUUAUGCAAGACCACCAUUUCGACCACCUGCUUUAAAUCAUCCGUACGAUAGAUAUGACUACGAUUCAAGGCCUGGAGAAAGUAAUCAAGUGCCAUACGGCCAUCGGCCAAUUCCCGAAAAAUACGGUUCUUAUAUACCACGACCGGACAAUUAUUACAGACCUGAACCAGAUGACUACUACAGACCGAGACCUGAACAUGAAUAUUACAGACCAAGACCAAAUGAUGAUUAUGGUCAUAGACCGGGUGAUUAUUACAGGCCCAAUUACAGACCUCGCCCACCUAUUGACGAUUAUGACAGACCCACACGCCCUAGCAGCAAUUAUGACAGACCUAGACCUCCCUCAGGCGGUUACGACAGGCCUGAUCCACCAAAUAACUACGACAGACCACGACCCCCAACUGGAGGAUAUGACAGACCGGAUCCACCUAGUAGCAACUAUGACCGGCCAAGACCUCCAAUAGGCGGUUAUGACAGACCAGAUCCACCUAGUAGCAACUAUGACAGACCAAGACCUCCGAUUGGCGGUUACGACAAACCGGAUCCACCUAUUACCAACUAUGACAGACCAAGACCUCCAAUUGGCGGUUACGACAGACCAGAACCACCUACUGGCAACUAUGACAGACCUAGACCACCCUCUAGCGGAUAUGACAGACCUAAUCCGCCUACUAGUAGUUAUGAUAGACCAAAACCACCCAGUGGAUAUGACCGACCAGAUCCGCCCACCAAUAAUUACGACAGACCACGACCACCUAGCAGUAAUUAUGACAGACCUGAUCCACCUAAUGGUAACUACGAGCGACCAAAACCCCCAAGUAGCAAUUAUGACCGACCUAAUCCUUCCUCCACAAACAAUUAUGAUAGACCGAAACCACCCAGUAAUACGUAUGACAGACCAGAUCCUCCUACUAGUAACUAUGACAAGCCUAGGCCUCCUUCUGAUAGCUAUGUUAGACCAGAACCGCCUAGCAGUAACUAUGACAGACCUAGACCUCCUAGUGAUAGUUAUGUUAGACCAGAACGCCCUAGCAGCAACUAUGACAGACCAAACCCUCCUAGUAGCAGUUAUGACAGACCAUCUAAACCGACAAACGAAUACUUGUUUGACAAGACAAUCGACAGAUAUGACACACAACCAGAGAAAGGCGACAAUUAUCAAAAACCUGGAACCGUUAAACCAACUGAUGGUUACGAUAACUCCAUCAAAGGAAAUCCUAAACCGAAAGAACCCCAUUCAAAACCAAUCGUAACACACGCGAUCGGCUCCCAUGGAGAAUCGAUUACUUCGAUAAUCACCGAAUUAGAUGAAGCAUGCUUCAGGAGAGUAUUGGCCGGAAAACGCGUAACUCGUGCACUCGUUAAACGCGCGUUAUUUUGCGAAAGAGUCGAAGAUUGUCAACGCGAAUGUGCAGAUGAAAAACGGUUUCCUUGCGAAGGAUUUAAUUACAGAUUGGAUCCGUCAGGCCGUGGAAAAGGCGAAUGCGAGCUCCUCGAAAUCCCUUUAUCCCAUUUAGAUAUCGGGAGAGAUCUAUACCCCGACCCGGAUUACGAUUACUACGAACGAGACCGAAACGCCGCUAGUGCAAAUUGCAAAGGCGGUUACUACGAACAAUACGGUGGUAACGACGGUUACUAUAACCGACGUCACGACCAGAGACCGUUCGAUUGGUGGGAAGAAGACAGAAACCGGUACGGUAACAGAAGACCACGCCCCGAUUUCGGUUACAACCGGCCUGAUUACGGCUACGACGGCUACAGGCCGAAUGGUAACAGACGGGGAGACUUUGCCUAUCAUCAUUCACACCAUUCCGACCCACACAAUUAUCAUUUUGAGCACUAUGAUCAUGGUCUUGCACCAUAUGAUUACAAAUCAUACGAGCCAUAUUUACCUCCUCACAGAAGGCCACCAUAUGACGAAGACAGGUUUUACAACAAACACUACGGAAACCGAGACAGAGAGAAAAACUACUGGGGGAUCGCUAAACCGACAUGGGGCACAUAUGGAGGCUCGUACGGAACGAGUUAUAACCCCCACGAGUUCGACCGAAGAAAUUAUUACUUGCCCCCGCAAAUCGGCGGUUCGAAAGACUGGGGUCAAUAUGGGGGUAGUUAUGGGAAUGGCGGUCUAAACUUACAAUACAACGGUUACGGACACAGCCAAAGUUUCGACUUCUGGGGGCUAAACAAAUACGAGGAGAAAUUCCACAAUUAUGGAGAAUUGCCCCCGAAUAAACCUCCAAGUGGGGGAAGCUAUCCCCCUCUGAAACCUCCAAGUAAUGAAGGAGGUAACUACUUGCCGGUAUUACCACCGAAACGACCAACCAGCGGAAGUUACCUUCCAGAAAACCCGCCAAGUUAUUUACCCGUGUUACCACCUAAAUCUCCCAAUGAGGGAAGUUACUUGCCGGAAAAACCCUCUCAUGGGGGCAGUUACUUGCCGGAAAUACCCUCAAAACCCCCAAAUGGCGGUAGUUAUUUGCCGGAAUUGCCCGGAAGAUAUCCGAUAAAUACCGGAAGUUAUUUGCCGUUGCCGGGUAAACACGAUAACGAUUUUUACAAUUCAAUUCUUCCGGCUGAACCGAGGUAUCCGUAUCGCUACGAUUUUCUCAAGGACGAGUGCUCUUUGAGAACUGCGGCAGGUUUUAGGUUGCAAAAAGGCAUAGUUAAAAAGUUUUAUGCUGUGCCGAAUAUUUACGAAUGCGAACUUUUGUGUUUCAAAGAGAAGGAAUUUCCUUGUGCAUCGUAUGCCUUCAGAUACACGGUUUCUUUGACUUCGCCAACGGACAAUUGUUAUUUGAGUAAUCGCAAUUAUAAGGAAUUAGACUAUUACACGGACUUGGAACCCGACAGAGACUUUGAUGUUUACACUAUGAACAAUAUGAAGAAAUGUGACCAACCUGUAAUUCGUGGCAAAGAACAUAGUGAGUGCUUCUGGCGCGUCCGAAGCGCCCAAAGACUGGACCACAAAGUCGUCCGCGAUUCCCUAUCAGUGAAAUCAAUCGUAGACUGCCAGCUCGAAUGUUUAAAAUCAAUUGGUUUCACAUGUCGAGCUUUCAGCUACAGAUACGGAUCUCCGGUAAUAGGGGGCCCAGUCGACAACUGUCUUUUAACCGACUGGCCAUAUUACGAAAUGGACCCCCGAAUUCACUUCGUACCCGAACCCGGCUUCGAAAUUUACGAAAGAGGGAGUUUUGGACAUGGAUGCGAACCGCACCAUUUCGGGAUUAGGGGACGCCCUUGGAAAAACCCAGGGAUGCGACUAGACCAACUGUGCUAUAGUGGAUACGGUUCUCCCUCAAAACUGUUGCCACAAGCUUGCAGAAAAGAAAUUCAAGUUGCGACUGAGGAGGAAUGCAAGGCCGAAUGUUCGAAAUAUAGGGACAAGACGCUAUUCCACUGCAUGUCACUAAGUUUCAGCACCAGAAGUUCAAAGUGGGAACCAAACUGUCGAUUAUCGGAUAUUUUACAAAGGGAUUUAUUGCCCAAUGUUGACUAUAUUCCCGAUCCCGACUCUUGGCUCUUUGCUUGGGAUAAUUAUAAUCCAGAGUGUACAGCAACUGCCCACAACCCCAGUCACAAUCACAUAGGGCACAAGGAAGACCGCAACGAUUUCGAUGACAUGUCCAACGCUAUUGGAACCUGGAGAGUCUACAGUGUCAGUGGAUGGCCUUGCCGCAGAGGAAGCCGUUGUCGGGAAAACAGGGAAGCAGGAUUUUGGUUCUGCGAAUUAGAAGGGGGUGAUUCAAACACUUGGGAUUACUGCUGCCGACCUGACCAUCAGUGUGGGUUCUCGCACGGUUUUGAAUAUCAAUGGUGUUACGUGGGCCCCUCGCGCACGCAGUGGCGCAAAUGCAGCGACCGCUACUACCCCUACGUGCACAACCUCAUCGACCGCUUUGACCGCCCCCCGGCCUCGGCCCCCUGGACCCCCAAUAAUUACCUCCCGGACACGCGUCCGCCCCCGUACCUGCCUGGAGGCCGCCCCGAUCGGCCCCCGGCGCCGCCUACACGGCCACCCCCACGUCCGACCCUUGACGAGUACGAAAUGCAGUUCGAGAGCCAGUUCUUGGAUCCCCCUAAACCUGGGGGCUUUGGGCAACCGCGACACUGGCCCUUGUCUUAUUUGCACAAGGAGAUGCCUCCCAAUAGCACCGACUCGGACUCGAGGCUCAUGAAAGCCGUCCAAGGCCGCGACAGCAACCCCAAAUUCGCGGCCAUUCAGAAUUUGAUCGAUAUCAUAAAAUCGAAUGAUCUCAAGAAUGUUCAGUACCAGAUAACCAACGAAUCGAAUAAACAUGACGAUAUUUUGUUUGUGAAGAUUCCACUGCCGACGAAUUUUACGCAAGAGACGCGGAAAAGCGAGAAAAUGGUGAAUGCGACGAGUGUUAUUUCCGGUCCGAUUGAUUUGGGAAAUGGAGGGAAAAAUACCACGAAAAGAUCUCAAAAGGCACUGCCGGUACAAGAGAGGCCUGUGCCCGUUUACAGAAGAGGGUACAUAACCAGGACUAACGUUACUAAUCAUAGACCGAGAGUUAGUAGAACACUGUAAUUGUAGGAUAUUUUGUAAAUGCAAUUUUGUAUCAAUAAAGACAUUUUUCGUAAAUGCUUAAA